AUGCGUCCCUUUAGCCUGGAGGAAGUGAAAGAUGCAAUUUUCCAACUUGGGUCCCUUAAGACACCUGGCCCAGACGGCUUUCCAGCUAUGUUCUACCAGAAGUAUUGGCUUUCUGUGCAAGAUAUUAUUUUUAGAUCAGCUGAAGAGUUUUAUACAGGGCAAUCCCAUAUUCGUGACAUGAACAAAACUUUCAUUGCGUUGAUUCCUAAGGUGCUUGCUCCUGAGUCCACCUCACAGUUUAGACCAAUCAGUCUAUGCAACACUUCGUACAAGAUUUUGUCCAAGCUACUUGCCAACCGGUUAAAGUCUCUCAUGCCCCACCUUGUUUCUGAUUCCCAAAAUGCCUUCUUGGCUGACCGUCAGAUUCAUGAUAAUGUGAUUGUUGCUCAUGAAGCCUUUCAUUAUCUUAAGCUUAAGAGAGCGGGACACAAGUAUGAAGUGGGAAUUAAAAUUGACAUGAACAAGGCUUAUGAUAGGGUGGAGUGGGAUUUUCUGGAAGCUCUGUUACAAAAGCUUGGUUUCCAUUCAGGAUGGAUCAGAUUGGUUAUGUUGUGUAUUAGAACCGUCUCUUUCUCUGUCUUAGUGAAUGGCCAACCUGGUUCGUCCUUCUUGCCUUCAAGAGGGUUAAGACAAGGUGAUCCCCUAUCACCCUACCUCUUCCUUUUGGUGUGCGAAGCGCUUUCAUGUAAUCUAACCAAGCUGGUGCAAGAUGGUGUCAUUAAUGGUAUCCGAGUAUCUAGGCGAGCUCCAAUUUUGUCUCAUCUCUUCUUUGCAGAUGACUCACUUUUUUUUAUUAAAGCUGAAGAAGAAAACUGCUCUAGAUUAAAGGGUCUACUUGAUGAUUACUGUCUCGCAUCUGGUCAGUUAAUUAAUUAUGAGAAAUCUAGUCUUAUGUUCAGUGCUAACACCCCUGAGGAUGUCAAGACAAAUAUAAGCUCAAUUAUGGGUAUUAGAGGGUUUGAUAACUCUGGUAUUUAUUUGGGCAUUCCAAUGACUUGGGGACGGUCCAAGAAAGUGGUGUUAGCCUAUAUCCGCGAGCGUGUGGCGAAGAAGAUAAUGGGGUGGAAACAAGGCACAUUAUCAAUGGCCGGAAAAGAAGUCUUGAUCAAGGCCAUUGCCACUGCUGUCCCAGCUUAUCCUAUGAUGUGUUUUAAAUUCCCCAAGGUGGUGUGCAAUGAGAUCAGUAGCAAUAUUGCGAAAUUCUGGUGGGGAAAAUCAGAAGGCGGCAAUGGCAUACACUGGAAAUCUUGGAAGGCUUUGUGUUUGGCGAAAGGGGAUGGAGGUCUUGGCUUUAGAGACCUUACGGAAUUUAAUCUGGCUCUACUUGCUAAACAGAGUUGGAGAAUCAUCUCUACUCCUAAUGCCUUAUGGGUUCGAAUUCUAAAAGCGAGGUACUAUCCUGAUUGUGAGUUUAAGGAUGCUGUUUUGGGUCACAGACCAUCUUGGAUAUGGACGAGUAUUCUAGAGGGAAGAGAUGCUUUAAUGGGCAGGGCCAGAGUCCAGAUCAUUAAUGGUGCAGAUACAAAUAUUUGGGGUGACAAUUGGAUUCCUGAUAAUGGCAUUAUUACACCAAUCACUCACGUCCCUCCUAAUGCUCCCCAAAUGGUUUCAGAUAUUAUCAAUUUGCAUAAUCGAACUUGGAGUUUGGACAGGGUGAGUAGUUAUCUGAGUUGGGAAACUCAAAAGCAGAUUCUUGCCAUCCCCAUCGGUCCUUCGGGGCAGCGGGAUAAGCUUGUUUGGCCUUGGACUUCGAACGGUCUAUAUUCAGUAAAAUCCGGAUAUCAAUGUUUGCAGUCGGCUCACCGUUACUUAGCAUCUGGGAGUUCGCAUUCUUCUCAUUUCAUCUCAAACCGAAUAUGGAAAGCAAUUUGGAGUGUUCGCACCCUGCCUAAGAUACGCAUGUUCUUAUGGAGAUGUAUGUCCAACGCUAUCCCAACGCGGGUUAACUUAUUCAGGAGGAAAAUUACUGCCUCUCCUAUGUGCGGCCUCUGCGAUCAAUACGAAGAAUCCAUCGAACACGCUCUACUUCUCUGCCCCUGGGCUCAAGCUGUGUGGUUUGGAUCUCCAAUGACGUUAAGAAUUGAUACUCAAAGCUUUAGCACUCUGGAUGUUUGGCUGAAUAGUAUUCUGGACUUGAGAACUGAAUCAAAAAUGGAAAAGCAUGAUCUGCUCACUAUGCUUAGCUUCUUUCUUUGGGAAAUAUGGAAGACCAGAUGCAAAGCUAUCAUGGAAGGUUGUAGAAUUGAUCCAUGCAAAGUGGUUGAAACAGCAAGUAAGGCAAAGGUGGAAUUUCAGAAAAUGUGGCAUGGUAAUGCAAAUAAUGAAACGAGCUAUAUAAGCAUUUCCCUAGGAGGCAUGGCUGCAUCACGAGUGGGUCACUCUGCUCUUGAGGUGUCUUGGGGCUGGAGCUUGCGGCCAAUCUGGGCUAUAGUGAUGUCUACGUGGAAUCUGACUCAAAGACCCUUGUGGACGGGAUCAAAGGGGAGGAGUUCAAAUCGAGCAGCUCAUGAGGCUGCAGCGAUAGGUUGCCGAGCAGUGGAGCUGGAAAGCUGGGUUACUCAACCACCGCUGUCUCUCAUACAUGUUUUGGUGUCUGAUGGUCUUCCAGGUCCUCCUUAA